AUGGUGCCCAAGGGUGCGGCCGUGGAUCCUGGUGCUGUAGGCAGCCCAGCGGCUACGCCUGCAUCAUCUUCAGCUGCUCCUGUGUCGUCAACCACGGCGGCCUCAAGUGCGACAAAGCCAGCAACCGCUGUCCCUGCCGCGCUCGAAGGUGUCCCGUCCCGUCCAAGCAGUCGAGCAAGUUUGAGGCGGAUCGGGAGUAGUCAAAUCAUGCCCGCCGUGCCGUUGAGACCUGCGACUCCGAUUCGGGCUGUGACGCCGACGGUGACGCCCAAAAUAGAUGUGAAGGCUAAGCAGGACAUGGAGACGCCCACGAAGGCUCCUAAGGCGGGUGCAACGAACAAGGAAGAGCCGCCAGCGCAAGGUGAGGCGAAAACAGAGGUCAAGGAUGUUUCGAACAAGCAAGCGGCGCAGACAGACGUUGCUUUGCCGCAGAUGGGGUCUGGUAGAAGUGAUGCAGAAAAGCAGCCGUCUACUGACAAUGCAGCGCGCGCAAAGGUCGCACCGCCAAAAGCAGCGGAGCAAACAAACGUGCAGACGCAGAAGACUGCGCCUCCUGUAUCAAAAGCCACACAACCCGCUGCCAAAGGUCAAGCGACCGUUCAGUCGUCCAGUACGCAAGCAGCGCCCGCCACACCACGAAAGGCGGAAGCUCCUAAGAACGAUCAACAGCAGAAGCGAAAGCAGCCACCUGGCAAGCUCGACAUCUCUGCGGCCACCAAGGAUGACAAUGUCGCACCAUCAUCGAAGAAGGCAACGGAGACCCCGGGGCCAGCCAAAGAGCAGCAAGUAGCAGCUUCACCAGCCACUUCCAAAGUAGAGUCUCCUAGUGUCGCCUCACCAGCUGUUAAAGCCGCGCCAAAGACUUUGCGCGUAGUGGCUACACCAAAGACCGAGACCCCUCCCUCGGGUGUAACGACUCCAAAAGAGCCACUACCUGCUGUACCUCCGGUUCCUGCGAAGGCGCCUUCCCGCAAGCCCAGUGUGGCCUCUAUCCAUCCGCCCGGGACACCUUCAAGCGAGCAUGUCUCCGUCUCGGACAAUUUGUCCAUGACGUCUGCUUCGCAGUCGCGGGCGAACUCGCCGCCGCCCGCGGCUGGGAGCAGCAAGGUCGGCAGCGCGCCAGUCAAGGCUAAGACGAAGAACCAGCUGAAGAAGGAACGGCGCGCGAAGAUGGUGGAGGAGGUGAUGGGGAAUAUUGAAGAAGUGACGAAAACUGCGCCAGAAGAGCCCGCUCAGGAGGCCAUCGUCAGUCGGAAGAAGAAAACGAAGAAGGAGAAGGAACCGAAGCCACCGAAACCCAAAGCUCCUGCGGCUGCCGCGACUGCAACGGGAGAGUCCACGCCCACAGCGAGCCGGCCGGUCACACCGCAGCAGGUUUCGACUCCACCUGUGGCGGUGAAGACGGAGCCAGCUGCGAAGGAGGCGAAGGCUUCCAAGCCAGCAACGCCAACGAAGGUGCCAGCCAGCCAAGGACUGCCAUUGCAGUCGCCUGGCGAGCCGUCUCCGCCUCCCACACCCACCUUGAGCGCCGCCCAGAUCGUCGCCGAUCUCAAGACCAGCGAUCCUGACACCUUCAAGUGCCUCGACUCCCUCUUCCGACCCCCGACCUCCGCCCACUACAAACCGACCCAGCCCAUCACAGCCAAGGAUUUUGCCGCGUACAGACAAGAAGACGGCAAGCUCAACCUUACACUCGACAACGUCCGCGCCUUGCUGUCCGGCGCCGUUCCCGCGCAUCGUUACGGCGGCACCGAUAACCGAAUCUGGGAUCGCGGCUAUGUCACGCCGUUCGGCACCCAUGUCCGCGCUCUCCCUCAAGAACAGGAGGAGCGGCUUCUCGAGUUAGAAAGGGCGGUGUACGGGAAGCCGGAGGAUUACAGAUUCAAGCCCAGCAAACCGCAGAACGAGAUUGUGUUCCCAGAUGUGGACCUCAGAGCCGUGGAGCGCGAGUUCGAGAACGUUAGCGGUCGAGGCGUGAGCGUGAUGGAGCAGAUGGUACAAGACCAGAGCACGAUGAGGAAGGGCGCGUUCCUGGUGGAUGAGGCGAGUAGGUAUAUCAACGAGUUCGUCAUGCCGCCGGCUACACCGCCGCCAAGUGCUGGGGCGGUGCCUUCCGGUAGCAUUGUCGGCGGAAUGGGCGUGACAGGUGCACAGAUGGCCCAGGGGCAAGCGGUGGAUGGUGCGGCUGCGCAGGCCGGUGUGGCGAUGCCGAACAUGGCAUUUCUGGAGCAGCAGUUGAGUGUGGCGAGGAAGGAGGUGGAGGAGCGCGAGAAACAGUUGAAGAAGGCUAUGAAUAAGAAUCGGAAGGCGUUGGGGCUGGCAUGA